CUCUACGUUCUCUAAGCUCUGAACACAAUUUUUAUGUUAGAGGCUAGUACGUAAAGUUUAAAAGAAGUGGAAAGAAUAUUUGCAUUUUCUUUGACAUUGACGUUUUCAUUGCAUUUUAGGUUAAAUGGGUGUCAGUGUCAGGAAAAAAAAUUAAUAAAAUGAUCAAGUUUGCAAUUAAAGCCGGACUUGCUGCCACAGCUGUUUACUACAUAAAGGAACAAGGAGUAUGGAAACAAAGCGACGAAAGCAUAAAAGCCUAUGAAAAAAUUAAAGAAGCUGCAUGUCCCUAUGUCAAAGAGAUAACAUCUCAAAUUCCUUAUGAGAUCCCAAAACUGCCAGAAAGUGAUGUAGCCUCCUCAAUAGUUAAAGAAAGCUGGAAUAAAGGUGUUUUAGUUACUUUCAAAUUCCUAUCUGAUCUGCCUGACACCACAAGAGAGUUAACAGCCAAAGGUAUUGACGCAAUAAAACAAAAUGAAGAGGUUAAAAAACUUUUAAAUUCAACUUCAUCUUCGUGAUUUGAAAGAAAUCAUAGUUAUUGUGUUAGAUAAUUUAUUAAUAAACAUUUUCUCUCAAAA